AAAUUCAAAUCCCUUCAACGGUUCUCUUCCGUUCUCUCCGUUAACAGAAUUUUCGUUAAAAACUGUCGGCCCGGUGACGUCACGCCGACGCAGAGUGGAUUGGGAGAGGUGGUUUGCCCCUUCCCCAUUUUUCAUCCGGGUUUCCUACCCCCUUCUUUUCCAUCCCCCCCAGUUUCCCCCCAGGCUUUUUUUAACCCGAGCUGUCCUGCGCACGCGCACUGCCUCCCCCCCCCACCUAGAGCGAGAAAGACUGUACGCGAGCGAGCGGCGCGCGCUCCCCCGCGCGAGGUGUUGUUUGGAGUGCGCGCGCUGCUGAGGAGAGCGAGAGACAGGCGGCGCCUUGGGAGCUGGGGCUGGGCAGCAUCACUGGGCUGAGGGAGCUCAGGAAGAGGAGGGCGGCAGCGGGUCCCUGCUCUCGGGGACCGUUGGCUCCACUCACGCCCGGACAGAAACGGCUUUGAGCCUUGUCUGUGGAGCGUGCCCCCCCGGUGCGCGUGUGUGGGGUGAGCGCUGUCACCCGGGCGCCUAGACGGGGGGUUUUCGGGAGGGGGGAUCCUUAACCACCUACCGCCCCCAAGAUGGGCUGCACGCUGAGCGCGGAGGACAAGGCGGCGGUGGAGCGGAGUAAGAUGAUCGACAGGAACCUGCGGGAGGAUGGCGAGAAGGCGGCCAGGGAGGUCAAGCUGCUCCUCCUAGGAGCUGGAGAAUCAGGGAAAAGCACAAUUGUAAAGCAAAUGAAGAUUAUCCAUGAAGCUGGUUAUUCAGAAGAAGAAUGUAAACAAUACAAAGCUGUUGUCUACAGUAAUACCAUUCAGUCCAUUAUUGCUAUCAUUAGAGCAAUGGGGAGAUUGAAGAUAGACUUUUGUGAUCCAACCAGGGCUGAUGAUGCCCGACAACUCUUUGUACUAGCUGGAGCAGCAGAGGAAGGAUUUAUGACCACGGAACUUGCAGGAGUCAUCAAGAGAUUGUGGAAAGAUAGUGGAGUUCAAGCCUGUUUCAAUAGAUCCAGAGAAUACCAGCUUAAUGACUCUGCAGCUUAUUACUUGAAUGAUUUGGACAGGAUAGCACAAACCAGUUACAUCCCGACGCAACAGGAUGUUCUCAGGACUAGAGUGAAAACUACAGGAAUAGUGGAAACUCAUUUUACUUUCAAAGAUCUUCAUUUUAAAAUGUUUGAUGUGGGAGGCCAGAGAUCAGAGCGGAAGAAAUGGAUUCAUUGUUUUGAGGGAGUUACAGCAAUAAUCUUUUGUGUAGCGCUCAGUGAUUAUGACUUGGUCCUAGCAGAAGAUGAGGAAAUGAAUCGGAUGCAUGAAAGCAUGAAAUUGUUUGACAGCAUCUGCAACAAUAAAUGGUUUACAGACACUUCUAUUAUUCUUUUCCUAAACAAGAAGGAUCUCUUUGAAGAAAAAAUCAAAAGGAGUCCUCUCACUAUUUGCUACCCUGAAUAUGCAGGAUCCAACACUUAUGAAGAGGCAGCUGCAUACAUCCAGUGUCAAUUUGAAGAUCUGAACAAGAGAAAGGACACAAAGGAAAUCUAUACUCACUUCACAUGUGCCACAGAUACCAAGAAUGUGCAGUUUGUUUUUGAUGCUGUAACUGAUGUCAUCAUAAAAAAUAACCUAAAAGACUGUGGCCUCUUCUAAGGCUUAGCAUUCAAUGAUUUGAAGAAUGACUUCACAAACUCCUAACCUGAUGGGGUUUCAAGAAGAAAGAAGUACAAAACAAUUUGUGCUGAAUAACAGACCAGUACUGUACUUGCCUGUUUUAACAGCUUUAUUUAUGUUUGUCUUGUAAAUUUAAGUAAUUAAAUAUUAGGUAACAAUGAAAAGUAUCUUGAUUGUAUGUAUGCUUGUAAUUGUAGGAAUGUUAUUUGUAUGAACAUUGAACAGAAUAUUUUAAUAACUUGAUUUGUGUUCCAAAGUUUUCACGUUUUAUGAGAGUGCUCUUAAGGAGAGUAAAUUUUUUAUUUUUUUUUGCCUUUGGAUUAUUUAAACAUCUUAUAAAAUUUAAUUUUUGUUUCGUCUUAAAUAUGCAUGCUGACUUAUUAGGUUUUGUUUGCAUAACCAAGUGUUAUAGGCUUCUUGGUAGUCUAAAAUAAUCUUAUGCUUGCUCAGCUUUAAAGGGACACUGUGAAUUCAAGUUUGUCCCUAACCUUUAGGUUUUGAAAAAGCUCUUAAAAAUUUCAAGGCUAAUAAAAGUUUUCUUUGAUUUAUUAGAAUUCCAGUGGAAACAAGUGAUUACAAAUAAACUUUUGCUUGCAAUCUUUUCAGCCCAAACAUUACAACACUGAGAAACUGAAACUGGAUUAGUUAAUUUUCAUUGCCAAGCUGAUGGAAAUGUAAAAAGAAAUUAUUAGGAGCAAUAACAGAGAUUACAUUUUUAAAAUGUAUUUUGUCUAUUUAUCUUCUUUCUCCUGUGAGUGACAAAACUCUCCUUGCUCUUGUAAAAGCCAGUGGCAAAACUUGAGAACAAGACGACUUGUUUUCUUUUCAUUCCAUGGAUUUAGAAUCUGGCUCCUAAUGUGUUGCUAUUAAUUGUAGGUAAGAAAACUAGUUCUACAAAUUGAUAGUCAUGAAAACAUCAGACACUACCAAAAAGCAAUGCACAGUGGUAUUAAAUAUAGUACAGAUAUUUUCUGUUGCAAAUAUAAAGAAAAUCUUCACUAUCUCUGAUCUCCGUAUGAGGUAAUUAUUUGCUAAUGUUGACUUUUAAUGGUGUACACUUGUGUGAUUUUUUUUUUAAAUUGACAGUGUCCCUUUAAAUAAUAUUGCAUAGAAUUUCUUUUCAGUUAAUUUUACCUUUCAUUGUAUUAUUUACUAUGUAAGGGGUAUAUUGUGCAUUGCCUUAUGGGUAGUGCCAAAACUGAUUUUUAUACAUUUGAAACUGAAAUAAGCUUUUAUUUUGUAAAUAAGUUCUUAGAUGGUUGUCCUGAGCAUUUUGGUCACCUAAGAAAUGUAAUCACAACAAAUUUAGAAAUAUUACUUUCUACAAUUGUUGGAACAUUGUUUGUAACUACCGUACUACUUUGUCCAAGACGAGAACACCUCUGAAACUGUUGCUAGUUUUCCAUAUUUUCUUACAGAUUCAUAUGCUUAGAAGUGUUCAUUCUAAAUGUCUAACUAGAGUUAUUUUAAAGUAUUAACUCAUUUUUGGUUGUGUGUAUUCUUUAAGGCUGUCAAAUGGCCUUGAAAUAGUUUUUAUCUCAGCUCUUUUCAUUCUUGGAAUUUUCCAUUAUUUGCUAUGGAAUUUCUAAAUGUUUUCAAAUGAGAGGUUAAAACAAAGGAGCAGUAAUAUUAAUUUAUUAAUGAUGGAGGUUGUUGAAAAUGUUCACACAGAACAAGCUCUUUUAUUUAGUAAUUAUGGUAAACAGUUUACAUCUUGGACUGCUUUGAUUUGUGCAUUAUGCUGCAGUCACAACUGAUUUUAUGUAACAUUGAAAUAUUUUGUGACUAUUUAACUUGUUGUCUUUGUACUUAAUGUAAAAAAAAAAUUGGAAUUAAUCAAAAAUUACUGAAAAUUUGUCUAAAUUCUUUGUGCCUUGCCUAAGAGAAAUGUUUUUCAUUAAAUUUACUGAUGGAAGACGUGCUGCAUCCACUUUGUGAAGAUAGUGAAUAAAAAUGAAAAGAAAUGAAAUUGGGAGUAAAUUCACGAGUGUAUGUAAGUAAAAUAAAAAUGAGCACACAUUGAUGACCAUUACCGAUGGAUUCCUGAAUUUUAUCCUGUAUAAUUUACUAACAUCCUAAUAAAAUUGAGAUUUUUUUUAAAAA